UGCAUGUGUGCUGUGCAACUGAAUCUUUUUUCUUCUCCAUCUUUUGGCUUCUUUCUAUGUCUGCAUGUGUGCUUAUGCACUACGAUCGCCCGCUCCCUGCGCACCCCUCCCUUCUCUUUCUCUCUUUCCCUCAGACGCACACUGCACCGCUCUCCUCUCCUUCCCUCUCCCUGUUUCUCUCUACAUCUCUGUAGCAGUCUCUGGUUGAGCAUCCAGAAGAAGGACCGUUCGUCCUGCACCUCACGCUUGUGGCAAGCAACGCUUGUUGUUUCUGAGGGGUUUUUUUCUUAGCCUUUGCUCUUGGUCCCAUCAAUCCCGGGAGAAGAGCUAUCAAGGAUCGUGAGGAGGCGCACAUACGGAUUUUGUUCAUCCACACUUCAGCUGCGAGGGGCAUUUUGCUGGUAACACUGUCAGACUAAGCACAUUAGCAAGUGAAUGCUUAUCGGAAAGGGGGAGGGAAAAGAGAAAAGAGGGAUCAAAUGCAGCGCUAAUUGAUACGGUGUCCGCGUCAGAGGCAGAGACAACAAUCUAAGAGAGCGAUCCAGGAUGCUGCUGGAAAACUGAUCCAGCUCCGCUCCGGGUCUUCCACUUCGAGAGGGAACGCGCAGCGGAGAAGCUUCGCGCUGCGUCUGCAGCCAACGCGUCAGGAGUCACAGACGGCUUUAUUUAUUUAUUUGCUGCUUUUUCCUUCUACCAUGCUGCAGCAGAAGUCUCUCUUUCUUUCCGUCUGCAAAAAGGAAACGUGAACGCUUCAUCGCGCCUGGGUCAGUCUCAUCCUAUCUGUUUCCUCUGUUCUCUGUUUGCUGUCAUCUUUUAAUCGGCAUUAGAAUAAUCCAUUAGCCCCCAGGAUGUCUCUUAUCUCCUCUUGCGCGAUAGAGGAGCUGCCCUCUGAGGGAGAGUGGUCUAAAUAGCACGUAAGUCGUACCUGAGGCUGGGAACUCGAAGGGAGACACCUCCCGGCAUCUCUUCCACCUGGAGCGUUUCUCCCCUCAUCAAUUAAGGCACAAAAUCUGCAUCCAAAAAUAUUGAUCCGUGCGGCCUUGAUUAGAACGCUUUUGGGAGUUGCAGCGCAGAUGAUUAUCGACUCCAUCGAGCCUGCCCUCCUCCUCCUCUUCGCAGACAAGCUCCCUUGUUUGGUUUUCUUUCUUUUUUGAUAGUCACCAAGCGUGAAAGCCAGGAGGAACUGACCGAUUGUUUUUUUUUCCCCCUUUGGAUUUUUUUAAGCCGGACUUGAAAGGGAUUUCUUCUUUUUGAGGAUUUUAUCGUCUCUUGGAAACCUACUGUUAAAGCCUCGGGGCUCUGGGUAGCAUUGUUUUCUUCUGCAUUGUUUACUUGACCCGUGGAUAAUGACUGACAUGGGCAACCCUUUCUGAGAUGUACUCUUUCCAAAGGAUGGGACAAAUGGGGUGUGGAAGGGCCUAUGCCGGACCUUCUUGCCCCAGACUGGAGGUGGUGCUUCUGGGCUGGGAGUGUGGCGGAGGCAGCUGGCUGGGCCUCGGUUCUUGGUGGAGGUUGGCAUUAUCUCUGGCCUUGUUGGCCUCGAUACCGGACAGAUCGGCCAGUGCCCGUGUGUCUUCCAGCCUGAGCACCACACACCAUGUCCAUCACUUCCAUAACAAGCAUGGUACCGUACCCAUCGCCAUCAACAGGAUGCCCUUCCUCACAAGAGGAGGCCACGACAACAGAGGUCCCAGAGCCCUUGAGGUGCUAGUGAGCGCGCAGAUCCACUUCCCUUCAUCCCAGCUGAGCUGAAGACUGCUGACAGAGAGGACACUUGUUAAUCGAGAUCCUCUGUCUUCACUCACUGCGGCGAAUUCAAUCCUAUUGUGAUUCACGGCCCAGCACGUCUCCAC